AUGGACAAAUGGUAUGAUGAUCAAAUAAAGAAGAUGCAAUUAGGAGGCAAUGGAGAAUGGAAACAAUUUUAUGAAUCGCAUCCAGAAUACUCUCGUGAUAUGUCUUUAAAGGACAAGUACCACAGUGCGUUUGCAACUGAAUAUCGAGAGAAGCUAGCAGCAAAAUGUGAAGGUCGAAGCUGGUCGCCAUCAUCUACAACAACCCGCCAAUCAACGCGCACAAACACGUCAAAUAAAUCCCUACGACCCACGGCGGUUCACUCGAACUCUUUCCAUGCAUCGAACCCCAAUGGUUUUAAAAGCGAAUCUUCUCUCCCACUAUCCUCAUCUUCUCAAAAAACUCAAAAUGAAGCCUACUUUUCUUCCCUUGGUGCCGCGAAUUUGUCUCGAUCCGAUGCCAUUCCACCUAUUGUGGAAGGUGCAAAAAUUGCUGCACAAAGUGCCGAGACGUUAGGAUAUACAGUGAAUGAAAAAGUCAUUAAACCCACGGCGGAUAAGGUUAGGGAAGGUGAAGUAUCGAAGAGUGUGGCCGGAUAUAUGGCUGGACUUGGAAAGACGGUAACCGAGACUGCAACCCGUUCGAUCUCGUCUCUAUCCUCGACGCUUUCCAAUACCAGUUCGUCUUCCACACAACCUUCACAAACCCAAUCCAUCUAUUCCUCACUUCCCACGUCUCCCAGCGCUGAUGGUGACUUUUUUGCUGAAACAAUGAACCAUUAUCAGCAAAGAAACUCUCCAGCACCCAGUAGGAGUUCUACCCUAUUGUCGAAGAAUAAUACAUUGAGACCAGCGUCUUCGAAGGUUGAAGGUUCAGAAACCACCACUAGAAGGAGGGAAAAGAAAGACGAUUGGAACGAUGAUGAGUGGAGUUCUUGGUAG